AUGGCAGAGGCGCGGUCCCAGCCCUCGGCGGGGCCGCAGCUCAACGCGCUACCGGAUCACUCGCCGUUGCUGCAGCCGGGCCUGGCGGCGCUGCGGCGCCGGGCCCGGGAAGCCGGCGUCCCGCUCGCGCCGCUGCCGCUCACCGACUCCUUCCUGCUGCGGUUCCUGCGCGCCCGGGAUUUCGAUCUGGACCUGGCCUGGCGGUUACUAAAAAACUAUUAUAAGUGGAGAGCAGAAUGUCCAGAAAUAAGUGCAGAUCUACACCCUAGAAGUAUUAUUGGCCUCCUAAAGGCUGGCUACCAUGGAGUCCUGAGAUCCAGGGAUCCCACUGGCAGCAAAGUUCUUAUUUACAGAAUCGAGUCUUGUUCUGUUGCCCAGGCUGGAGAGCAGUGGGCCAUCUCGACUCACUGCAAUCUCUGCCUCCCGAGUUCAAGCGAUUCUCCUGCCUCAGCUUUCCAAGUAGCCGGGACUACAGCAUACUGGGACCCCAAAGUUUUUACAGCUUACGAUGUAUUUCGAGUAAGUCUAAUCACAUCCGAGCUUAUUGUACAGGAGGUAGAAACUCAGCGGAAUGGAAUCAAGGCUAUCUUUGAUCUGGAAGGUUGGCAGUUUUCUCAUGCUUUUCAAAUCACUCCAUCUGUAGCCAAGAAGAUUGCUGCUGUACUUACGGAUUCAUUUCCAUUGAAAGUUCGUGGCAUCCAUUUGAUAAAUGAACCAGUAAUUUUCCAUGCUGUCUUUUCCAUGAUCAAACCAUUCCUGACUGAAAAAAUUAAGGAACGGAUUCAUAUGCAUGGGAACAACUACAAACAAAGCUUGCUUCAGCAUUUCCCAGACAUUCUUCCUCUGGAAUAUGGUGGUGAAGAAUUCUCAAUGGAGGAAAUUUGUCAGGAAUGGACAAAUUUUAUAAUGAAGUCUGAAGAUUAUCUCAGCAGCAUUUCUGAGAGCAUUCAAUGAGAAGUUAUUUCAUGUGAAUGGCUUCCUAACUAAAAAUACAUGAGUGAUAUCCAACCUGGUUAAAUGAAUGAAAGAAAAGGAGCAAAUCUUUCAAACUAAUGCUUGCCUGAACUUUAAAAUGUAGAAAUCUUCUGACAUGAGCAACACAGGUGUUUGGAAAGAUUUUUUACUUUUUCAAUGCUUUUUUCUCUACUUUUGAAGUAAUUAAAUGUCAGUACAUUUUAAGAGCAUAAAAAUCGGCGAUUUUGUACUUGAAGAGAACGUGAAAGUUAUUGCUGAAGUAGCUGCUCAUGUGCAUCUUUGUAUGUUUCUAGAAAGUUAUAUUUUAAACAAGUUCUCUGAUUAAAUUGGUUUAGAAAAAAAUUUAGAAAUAUUCCACUUAAAAAUAUUAGCACAAGUCAGCUGAUGAUAAAAAAAUUAACACUUACUUUAAGUGGAUGUCAGAUUAAAUUAUAAUUCAUUAUAAUUAAAAUCUGAAUAGAGUUUUAUAGUUAUUCCUGUGGGCCAGCAAGACAUUUCAUCUCAGGGAAAUUUUAUUUUAGUAUAUUAACAUGAUAGAGAUUUUUUUUUUUUUUUUUCAGACAGAGUCUUGCUCUGUCACCCAGGCUGGAGUGCAGUGGUGCCAUUUCAGCUCACUGCAACCUCUGCUAGGAUUACAUGUGCACACCACCACUCCUGGCUAAGAUUUGUAUUUUAUAUAGAGAUGGGGUUUCGCCAUGUUGGCCAAGCUGGUCUCAAACUCCUGAACUCAAGUAAUUUGCCUGCUUCGGCCUCCCAAAGUACUGGGAUUACAGUCAUGAGCCAUCGCACCUGGCCACGAUAGAAACUUUCAGCUGAGGAGUCUAUAUGCCAUACUACUCUGUGGCAUCUUUAGGUCUCUAUGAAAUCAUGUUGAUGUAAUUGAUUAACAAAAAUAAUUUAGAAAAUAUGUCAGGCACAGUUGAUGGCUUCUCAAUAUCUGUUUUGCAUUUUUAAACAAAUCAAGAAAUGUAAUUUUAACUUUUGCUUAUGGUUAUUCUUAUGACUACACAGAAAGGGAUGGAAUCAUACUUGUCUUAUACAUGGACUGUUUUUAGUUAACAAUAACAUAACUACACAAAGGAAAGGAAAUGUUUACAUUUUUAAAAAUUACUGUCAAUUACAUCUGGUAUUUUUCAGAUUAUGCAUAAAAUAAUAUGAGUUUGACUAUUGUAUCAGAAUAUUUUAAUCAAAUCCUGCAAUUAAUAUUAACUUAAAAAAACAUCUGGUAAAGCCUGGGCAUGGCAGCUGACACCUGUAAUCCCAGCACUUUGGGAGGCCGAGGCAGGAUGGAUGAUUGCUUGAGUGCAGGAGUUCUAGACCAGCCUAGGCAACACAGGGAGACCCUGUCUCUAUUUCAAAAAUAGAUAAAUAGGCCCCGGUGUGUGAUGUUCCCCUUCCUGUGUCCAUGUGUUCUCAAAAAAAAUUAAAAAAUAAAAAUAAAAAUCAAUAAAUAAAUAACUGGUAAAGAUGUACUGUUUGUACUGCAGUUCAUAAUAUUUCAUUUAUUAAGAAAGAUAUCAUCUCAGCUUUCAUAUUCAACAUAGCUCUCAAUUUAUGACAUAAUUUUUAUACUUAGUAUUUUAUAAUUUCUUAAUUUUGUUAUGAACUUGAAAAUGUAGAAUAUGGGGUCCAAAAUCUGUUGAACAUUUGUUCAGCUAGUUAGGUUUCAACAUUAAUCAUAUACAUUAAUAGUAUCUUUAUAUAAGGAUAUGUGAAGGGUGUUUUUCUUUAUAAGAAAAUUAGUUUAAUCAGGUGAGCUGAUACUUAUGAUUAUACGUAUAUCUAUGAUAAAAUUGAAAGUAAUCGUGGAUGUUCUUUAGAGAACGUAUUCUGAUUUUGACUUAGCAUUGGGAAGCUAACAACAUUAUAAUUUUUAUUAAAAAACUAGACCCUGCCUGUUUUCUAAAAAACACUUUAAAGUAUUUUAAAAUAAAAGAAUACUAUAUAAAAUUGUAUAAUUAAAAAUAAUAAAAGAACAAAAUCACUUAAAAAGAAUAAACAGUGUCAAUAACAAAAAACCUCUGGCUUAUCCAACUUUUAUUUCUAGAAGAUUUAUAUCACCAGUUCCACUUCAUUUAUUUUUGGUUAUUUCAAACACUUUCUUAUGACUCUGUCAGGGAGUGAUUAGUUUAGUACCCAAAUAAAGGAUAACAUUUUAAAAUGUCCUUUAAAUUAGAUUUUUUGGUGAUAGGUUCAAUAGUAAAUAGAAUUAAGAUAAGUCAGUUAAUCUAGGCAUAUUUUAUGAUGGAACUUUGAAAUGUUUAUAAAUGAAGCAAUUCACUGAAGAACAUUAAAAGAAAAUUGAAAUGAAUGGUCAAACUAAUAAAGUGUCAAAGCAAAUAAUUGUCUAAUUGUCUAUAUUACUUUAGUAAUUGUACCAGAAGUGCCUUUUAAAAGGUUAACUGUAUUAUGUGCUCAUUGUGUUACUCAACUGCACAGUAAUUUAUUUGUUUUAAUAUUGUUUGAAAGAAAAUAAAC